AUUAUUUUGUUUAAUUUUAUUUUAUUUUUUGGAGCAGCGCCAUCGGCCGCAGAGACAACCGUCCCCAGCCCAGUCGCUCACCUUCGACGCUUCCUGCGCCGCGAAACUGCCACCGGUGCUGUCUCUCUUUACACCGGGCACAUCUAUAAAUACAUACACAGAGCCUCUAUAUCUGGACAUUGAGAUUUCUGAUUCGGCAAAUUAAAGCUUAACAGCUGCCAUAAACUUGGGUAAUUGUCAAGUUGAUGGCUGGAAGACGGCAUAUCCCACCAAUUUUGGAGGGACGUGCUGUCCAGGCUCCUGGGUUGAUGCGACACGGCCCAUUUCCUCCUGGCCAUCGGCCAUCAGAUGGACGUCCUCCUCCAGAUCUUUUAGAGAAUAAAAUUGCUUCUCAGGCAGCUGAAAUUGAACAACUUGCCGGGGAUAAUCAUAAAUUGGCUACUUCCCAUGUGGCUUUGAGGCAGGAUCUUGUUGUUGUGCAGCAGGAAGUGGAACGACUCAAGGCACACAUUAGAAGCAUCCAGACUGAAAGUGAUAUCCAGAUUAGAGUUAUAUUGGAUAAAACUACGAAAAUGGAAUCAGAAAUUAGGGCUGGUGAGAGUGUGAAGAAGGACCUGAGACAGGCACAUAUGGAGGCACAGAGCUUGGUUAAAGCCAGACAAGAGUUAACUACCCAAAUUCAACAGGCCACUCAGGAAUUGCAAAAAGUUCGUGCUGAUGUUAAGAGUCUACCAGAUUUGGAAGCUGAGCUUGACAAUUUGAAGCAUGAAUACAGGAGGUUGCGGGCUACAUUUGAGUAUGAGAAAGGUUUGAACAUAGAAAAGGUGGAGGUACUGCAAGCCAUGGAACAGAAUCUAAUUGGGAUGGCAAGAGAGGUCGAAAAGUUGCAUGCUGAGGUCUUGAAUGCUGAAAAGAGAGUACAUGCACCCAACACAUACGGCGGUGGCUUUGCGACUUCCGACCCUUCGUACCCAACCCCUGUACAUGGUGCUGGUACCUAUGUUGAUGCAUAUGGAAGGCCUGUUGUUCAGAUGAGUGUUGGACCAGCAGCUGAUGGGAUGAUCGCAUAUGGUAGUGGCAAUGGUGCAUCAGUCACUGGCGGGAUCAGUGGUACAGUUGCCUCUAACACUGGCGGUGGUGUUGCUAAUUGGGGAGCAUCCUAUGAUCCAUCUCUUGGUUGGAAGUAAAAACGAUACUCUUUCAUUAAAGCAUGUCAAUAGGGUUUGUGAUUGGCAAAAUGGGUUCACUGUCAUAAACUUGCUAAUAGGUGAAUUUUAUGAGCUUCCACCAGAGGAUUUUUGGAAGCUUUUUCUUGGCUAGUGCUUUGCAUUUCUAAGAUGCACUGGUUGAGUGUGAAUUUGUUUUUGUAUAAAUUAUAGGUUCAUUACUUUCUUCUCGGUUGGCUAAGUUGCAUAUACCGGAAAAAGAAAUACAGUCGGUCAAAUGUUUUGGCUUCACUCUA